AUGAAUACAUCCUCUGGCCAGCUUUCGUCCGCGGACCUCACUAGCGGAACUUCUUCACUUCACGAAAAGACUGACGGCAUCCAGAUCUUCACCUGGGACGGCCCUGACGACAAACGAUGCCCACGCAACUGGUCUGAGAAGCGCAAGUGGUUGAUUUCCUCCAUCAGCCUGAUCGGAACAUUCAUCCUCCCUCUCAACGGGACCGGCAUCACCAUCGCUGCGGACGAACUCGCCGCCGAAUUCAAUGUCGUCGAUUCAGCUUGGUUCACCCAGACCUACUGGAUCGUUACUUCCUGGAGCGCAGGAGGUGCCUUGUUCGUCAUCUUCUGCAUGCCAUUGCUCGAGGAACUGGGUGUCAGACGAACCUAUCUGCUGUUCUACAUCUUCUUCAUCCUCAUGGUCAUUCCUCAGGCCGUUGCACAGAACUACGAAACACUGAUCAUCACACGCUUCUUCUCUGGUGGUUGUGCUGCAUUCCUUGCCAAUGCCAUCUCGAGCAUCAUCCCAGACCUUUGGGCAACGGACAAGAAGCGCAGCGUGCCUGUUGCCAUCUACAUCCUGCUCUAUGUGGUGGGCAACUCAUUCGGGCCCACCAUCUUCGCGGCAGUCAUCCCAGCCACGGGAAACUGGAGGUGGGUCUUCUACAUCCAGCUCAUCGUCUACUGCGCCUUUCUUCCUGUCUUCGCUUUUGGCGUCAAAGAAACUCGCCACGACAUCCUCCUUCAGCGGUACGCAAAGCAGAUGAGAAAGGAGACUGGCCUUCAAAUCUACGCAUUCAGCGAGCUCGACAGAACACCAGCCUGGAAACGAAUUCUCAAAGCCCAGAUGAGACCCCUCUACCUCCUCUUCACGGAACCCCUCCUCUUCUUCUGCACGCUCUGGUCAGCUUUUGCCUUCGGCAAUGUCUUCGUCUUCACACAGUCAGUCGAGUUCGUUUUCAGCCAGGUGUACGGCUUCGACCAAGCCCAGUGUGGCUACCUUCAGUCAGCCAUCGUCAUCGGCGAAAUCUUUGGUUUCCUCGCCAACCUCUACAACAUCCGUCCAUAUCUCGAAUCUGCAAAGCGCAACAAAGAGCACCCUGGAGAACCCAUCCCUGAAGCUCGACUCUACGUCGCCAUCGUCGGCACAUUCGUUGGCAUCGUCGGCGGCAUGCUUGUCUACGCUUGGGCGACAUUCGCGGGUGGGCCUUGGAUCGCCCCAGCCAUCGGUCUGGGCCUGGUCGGCUUUGGCAUCCAAGUUGUCGUGGCUGCCGCAGCCGACUACAUCAUCGAUGCAUACGCCAUAUCAGGCUGGGCCGGCUCUGCCAUCAGCGCCGCGGCUGCCUGCGAGAACUUAUCGGCAGGCUUCCUGCCACUCUCCACCCAGGCCAUGUACACGCGACUGGGUGUCCACUGGGCGACCACGUUACUGGCGGGCAUCGCUCUCUUGGUCGGUCUCGCACCGGUGGUUUUCUUGUACUGCGGCGGGAAGAUGCGGGGGUCGUCGAAGUGCAAUCGGAAGGGCAGGGAGGAGUUGAAGCAAGAUGAGGAGAAGAAUUGA